UUAACAAUGAAGGAUACAAUUCUAAUUUGCUUUGCUAGCCGAACAACAUAUAAGUAAAUCUACUGCAGGGAAACAGGAGGGUACAGUGUGGCUUCCAGGAGAGGGUGGAGUUCUUGUGAGAAUGAACUUGUCAUUGUCCCUUGCAUUAAAAACACUGAUAGGAGGUGAAUAAUUUUGCAAAUAAUUUGGCCGCGCAGUUAUGCAUCACAAAGAGCACUCAUUAGGUAAGAGCUCUUCACCAUGGAAAUAGAAACAAAGUCGGUAGUAAACAUUAGUCCUGGUGUAUACAGAUCAGUCUAAGUCCAGUCCAGUCCAUUUUAAUUUUCCAUGUGUUCCUUCCUAAGUCUGUCCUGCCCCAUUUUUGUAUUAAUCUCAAAAUGUGUCUUCAAUCUUUACCCACCCCCCAAAAACCCUAUAUAAAGACAUAUCUUAUCAUUAAAUAUAUUAUUAUUUAUCUCAAUGUAUUGAGCUCUGAAUAUAUAUAAUUCGUUCUGAUUCAUGUAAUAGCCCAGAAGGUGUGAUCAGUUUACUUCAAAAUGUGAAAAUUCUUCUCCAACCUUAAUCACAGCCUUACUGUGCUAACAGAACUGGGUAGGUGUAGGAAUUAGCAUUGUAAGAAUCUGGCAGCUGUACAUCUGCAACAGUGCCUUCUUUGUGGCAGCUCCUCUCUCCGCUGUCGUUCCUCUCUCCGCUCUCAUUCCCGGAGAUGUGUGGUUGAAAUCCCCCCGCACCCCUGGCUUUCAAUUUUUACAUGUCCAUUAUAGAUGAUGAUGAUGAUGAUGAUCAUUAUUAUUAUUUGUUUGCUCAGGCUUUGGGGAUAUGUGUUUCCUCUGGGUUCCAGCUGUGCUGAUGUUUAUGUCAUGUGCCACCAGACUUUUUUGUACCUGUGGGCACAUUUACAAACUGGAUGAACUAUUGUGGGCUUCACACGCACACAUACAAACCACAACCAAGCACACAUCCCCACAACCUGUUAUAUUGGCUACUGUGUAUCUGAAGAAGUGUGCAUGCACAUGAAAGCUUAUACCAAUAACAAACUUAGUUGGUCUCUAAGGUGCUACUGGAAGGAAUUUUUUUAUUUUGUUUCGACUACGGCAGACCCUACCUGUAACUACAGUCAUACCUCUGGUUCCAUCCGCUUCAGGAUGCGUAUUUUCAAGUACGUGGUGGACCCGGAAGUGUUUACGCUCUAUUGGCACUUCGCACAUGCGCAGAAGCGCCGCUCCGGAUACGUACUUUUAGGGGUGAGGACGGCACCCCGGAACGGAUCAGGUAUGUAUCCAGAGGUACCACUGUAUUGACUACUGUAUAAGAGAAAGUUUCUUUUAAGCCUGAUAUCAUCAGGGAGAUUUCAUCCAUGAAAGCUUCUGUGGGUGCAUGUGUGCCCAUGGGCACCGCACUGGCAACCCCUGUGCCAUGUCAUUGCCAUUAGUUCUGCAAUUUUAAGUAUUUUAUAUUUUUGUGUGUAAAACAGUCCUAUGUUUGCUAUAUUGUGCACCACCCUGGGAUGCUUCAGAAGGGCAGCUGAUAUAUAAAUAUAAUAAAACAGGUUGAAUCCUGGAACAAGGAGCUCCAAAGAGAUGCUCUGUACUCCCAAGGCAUGUUUUAUGAAGGAACUGAUUCAUAAUGAGUUCCUGCACGUCUCUACCAGAUAUGUGCCUUGCUGUUCUUGCCCCACCUUUGGAAGUUCUUCAUUUCAAAUGAUGACCAUUUUUGUCAUGAGUUCUGUGGGGAUGCCGUGGAAGAGGUGGUCGGAUUCCAAGGAAGAAUGGGAGCACCUCAGGGAGUGAGAACUGGGUAACCCUGGAGAGGAUCCUAGUGGGAUGGGGGAGGUGAUGGGGGCGGGAACCCCUUGAUGUGGCUGAGCCCAGGGAGGGGACCAGUAGAAAGCUAAAUCCAGAGGAGGAAACCAAACAGGUUGGAAGAAGAGUGUUGAGCCUUUAUGACAUCCCCACCCAGUGCUAUUUUUCCUUUAAAAAGAGGUGCCAGAAGAACUCGCCAUGAAUACCUCCCUGGGCAUUCGCCAUGAAUUGCCCCUGGGCAAUGGCACCCACCUGAGAGGUGCUGGAACAGAGUUCUGGUGAGUUCCAGCUGUAAAAAUGCCCAGCACCUCCUGCUGUGGUCCACCCCUUGCACCCCUUCCCUGUCAAUAAGGAGCCUCUUCCUUUUUGGGAGAUGUGACUAAGAGUAAAUAAGAUACUGGGCCAGUGUCGACACCGCCUCUGAGAACACAAAGACCCCAGAGCUGGUGCAAACCAACCUUUCAGACCCAAAUCACUUGGAGUAAAUAAAUAUAAAUAAAUAAAUAAAUUUUUAUUUAUACCCCGCCCUCCCCAGUCAAAAACCGGGCUCAGGGCGGCUCACACCAACAGAAUUACAAUAAAACAUAAAAACAAUUAAUUAAAAUACAGAUUAAAAUACAGUAUUAAAAUUUAAAGUGCAGCCUCAUUUCAAGUAGUCCAUAAGUCCAAGCCAUGAGGAAGGAAAACACAGGGGUCAGGCUGAGUCUAACCCAAAGGCCAGGCGGAACAGCUCUGUCUUGCAGUCCCUGCGGAAAGAUGACAAAUCCCGCAGGGCCCUGAUCUCCUGGGAAAGAGCGUUCCACCAAGUUGGGGCCAGUACUGAAAAGGCCCUGGCUCUAGUAGAGGCCAAUCUAGCCAUCUUAUGGCUCGGGAUCUCCAGAAUAUUGUUGUUUGUGGACCUUAAGGUCCUCCACGGGGCAUACCAGGAGAGGCGGUCCCACUUGCUUGCCCAGUGCUGGGACGCUGGCUGCUUGCCACAUUAAGAGUUCUGUCUGCCCUGUUCUUCAACAUCUUCAUCAACGUCUUAGCUUGCAUUUAGCCAUGUAUCAUACCUCUUACGCAUCUGCUGCACCUUGUAACCUGUGUCUUGCCUAUGUACUGAUCUGAUUUAUGCAUUAUAUACGUUCAUAGAAACCAAACUGGGAGUUCCUAGUUCUUCAUCCAACAGUGAGGGCCAGGAUGAAGAUGAAUGUUUAUCAGUACAUUCAUCUGUAAUUUGUAAUUUUUCGUACUACAACUCUGUAUAUUCCUGCUGCAUUUUUUAUUUUUAGAUGCUUUCUAUGUUAUUUUAACUGUAUUCUUAUUGCUGAAGUGUUCGCUGCCCAGGGCUGAUUUAGAAGGAAGGGUAGGAUAUCAAUGUAAAACACAAAUAAAAUACACACACCCUACAUACGCAAAGAAACAUAUUUUGCAUAUCAGCAACAUAUGUGAUAUUCAACUUUAGUCACACUCAGAGUAGGUCCAUUGAAAUCAAUGUAUAUUAAUAUUAAUAGGUUGAAUCUGAGUAUGACUUAUCACUUCAAUAAACCAUUCCUACCCUGCUCAAAUAUUCAACUUCUUGAAAUACGUAAAGAAGAUAAGGAACAAUAUAUAAUAACAUAUUUAAAUUUUAGGGCUCUUGUUUUUCUAGCUUUUUCCAUGGACGUUCCUGGGGUGGGGGGCGGCACAUAAUAAAACCAUGAUCUCAGAAAUGUUGUGACGCCAAUAUGGUUUGCAUUUCCCCGUCUCCGCCAGGAUAAAUGAUGUUGGUGAAGACUGUACAACGCAAUUGUGAUGAUAUUACACAAGUCAGUGCCAACUGGGCUGCCGGUUAAGAUGCAUGCCAGUUGUACAACUCUUCCCACAGAGCAAUCCGGUGCUUGUGCUUAAAGGUUAUACUGAAGACGAUGUAAGACUGCUUGCUUCAGUACCGCUUAAACACUUUUUAAUGAAUCCAGUGCAGAAGUUAACAUUUAGUACUGUUCUCUGCGUUUGCUUGGGAAAACUGACGUUUUCAUCCGAUGCACUUUUUAGCUAUAAUAGUAGUCAGCUCCCCUUUCAACUGCCAGUGACACUUUUGAAAAGUUCCAGACAGUGAGACUUGUGUCUCUUUGGCUCUGCAUGGUCUUGAAACGGAUUGAUUUAUUAUAUUAGGUCAUCUGGACAGGCACCUCUGAUAUGGGUUGCCGUGUGAAUUUGCUUUCUACCUGUGGUGCUACAUUUGGGGCAGUUUAUUACCAACUUGCAAUGCUUUUGUUGGUGAUUACCCUACCUUGGCACUGAAGACUGGAAGCCCUUCAGCUCCGUGGUUUUACGUUUUUCUAUAUAUUCAUUUUCAUGUUGUUACCAUUUUAAACCACGCUUCAGGAUGUUUACCUCAUUUGAUUAUACAUCCUAUACGCUCAUGGAUCCGUUUCUGCAGAAAGAUACAUGUCCCAGUUAUAUGAUCUUUCACAUGGUGUUUAUAUUUGUACAAAGGCUUUAUAAAGAAAGACAUAUUUGUGUAUCUUUCUGUUGUAAAAUGGAUACAGCUUCCUUGUUCUCUGAGAAGUUGGCAGUCUCUCCCUCCCCCCUCCUUUUUGUCCCUGGUAGACGUUUAAGCUUUAUUUAAAUUUUAAAAGACUUUACUACUGUAGCAAAGUGGGGGGGGGGAAAUGCUGCUAUCCAUUUUUCAAAGAGGGAGAGAAAUAUUUGAUUGUAGUUUUGCUUUGUUUUAAUUGUUUCAGGCAGGGUGUUGCCACAGUUCAGGCAGAACAAUUUCUACCUUAUAUUUUGCAAGGCACAUACUUCACCUGGGCUGGUUUGGGUCACAUGAGCAUGGAUGUUUACUGGUGAUCUUAAGCGCUCCACCUGCCUUUCAGUUUGUUUACCAGGAAAUCAAGAUGUGUAAACUGCAGGAAGUACUAUUUGACCCUCUCCGGCAGUAUCUCAUUACAAUAAUUGCUAAUCUCUGAAUAAGACAGCCAUGUUUUGUGAGUAACACAGGGAGAGAGAGGUUGUGUUAGAGAGAUUUUAGGUAUUUCCAGAAACAGAGCGUUGUAAAUGCUUGCCUUCGGAUUAUGCUUCCUUCGCAGCUCUUGAUAAUAGACAUCUGCUGACCUCUGGGGUCAGUAAAACUGGGAUACAAUAGUAUGUGUUCUUCCAUUCCUCUGAGCUGAAAAAAAGAAAUAUCACGGCUUGUUGUUUUGGAGUGCUGUCACUGUUCUGUAUCGAAAGGAUAAUGGCUACUUCCUGAUUAAACCACUAUCCACAGUGCUUGGUCAGGAUCAACUAGUAGGUCAUGGCAAACUAGCUUUUUUCUGGGACACCGUCUUAAAAGAAGCCUGAUAUGGAGUCUGGAGAGCGGUUAACAUCAACAGCAGCAUCAGCUUCCUCUACUACAGCGACAUCGUCUCCCGCAUCUUCAUCCUCUUCUGUUGUUUCAGCAGUUUCCAAAGGUAGCCUUUCCUCUGGAGCUGCCUCACUUAGCUCCACAAUCAACACCUGUGGACAUUUAUUCAGAACAGCUGGGGAUCAACCGUGUAACCUGUCCACAGUGUCGAGUGCCUUCCCAAUGGUCAGCCACCCAGUCUUUGGUCUACAUACAGCCAGCUCAGGGCAUACAGAAUUUGGUGGCUUGGGGACACUUGGUACACCCACAGCCUUAGCAGCACAUCCCCAACUAGCACCUUUUCCAGAAUGGUGGCGAAAUGCAGACAUGCACUCGCGUACUGGCACAACUUUCUUCCCAUCCCUUAUUGGAAUAUCACCUUUGUUUGCUCCUCCGGCUCCAAAUCAUGAUUCCACUUCAUUCCAUUCGAGGACUGCCGGAAAAAGUAUCCGAGGCAGUUUGGAGAAAGGUGUUAAUGGAUCAGUAAAUGGCAACAGUACCAUUUCAGUAUCGGGCAGCAACACGUCUGUAUUAUCUACCACCACUGCAAGUUCUGCCGGACAAGCAAAGGUUAUAACCGUAGUGGGGGGAAGUCGCAAAUGUAACCAAGAGCAAAAUAAAAACCAGAUUCUGGAUGCAAGAGCUGACAAGAUUAAAGAUAAGAAAUCUAGAAAGAAAGCAGUAGAUAGUUCCAGCAACAGUGAAAGUGAUUCUGGCUCCUCUUCAGACACUUCCAGCGAAGGCAUUAGUAGCAGUGACUCAGAUGAUUUGGAUGAAGAUGAAGAGGAGGAAGAGGAGGAAGAGGAAGAUCAAAGUGCUGAAGAAAGCGAAGAGGAUGACUCUGAUUCAGAGAGUGAAGCACAGCAGAAAAAUAAGAACAAGGUGCUAAUGCAUAGCGGACCAGACAUGAAAGCCGAUGGACAAAAAUCCCAGGAAAAGCCCCAGGAAAAGAGAAUACACCAGCCAAUACCUCUUGUGUCUGAUAGCCAGACUCACCCGUCAUUCCAGUCCCAGCAGAAGCAGCCUCAGGUUUUGUCACAGCAGCUUCCCUUUAUUUUCCAAAGCUCUCAGGCAAAGGAGGAAUCUGUGAACAAACACACAAGCGUAAUACAGUCUACGGGAUUGGUGCCCAAUGUGAACCCUUUGUCUUUGGUAAAUCAAGCCAAAAAGGAAACUUUCUUAAAACUUAUAGUUCCUUCUCCUGAUCUACUCAAGGCAGGGAAUAAAAAUACCUCUGAAGAACCUAGCCCAUUGACCAUUGAUGUAAGAUCAAACCGGGAACAGUACAAGCAGACAUUCCCAGCACAGUUGAAGAAACACCACGAAUCAUCUAGGAACCUGAAGAAGGUUAUCGCAGCAGUAUCAAGUCCAAAGCCAACCAGUUCUCCACCAGCCCAUCAAAAACACACCUCUUUAGAAAACAACCAUUCUAAUCCUUUCUUGACCAAUGCACUUUUAGGUAAUCAUCAGCCCAAUGGAGUGAUUCAGAGCGUCAUUCAGGAAGCUCCUCUGGCACUUACCACCAAAUCCAAAUCCCAGCCCAAGGUUAAUGAAACCAUAUCUACUUCCAGCAGUUUAACCUUUUCCUCACCAGUAAAUUUAAGCACGGGUGGGAAAAAGACACCAAGCAACCGGACACCUGUUAUGUCUUCUACCUCUCCUGUAUUACCUGGCCCAGCAAAGGAAAAGGCAGUCAGCAAUAAUACAAUGACAGCAGUGAAAACACAACACAACCACCCUUCCACAAAAUCAUUGGUUGAACAAUUCAGAGGAACUGAUUCAGACAUUCUUAGCAGUAAAGAUUCUGAGGAUUCAAAUGAUGAGGAUGAUGACGACGACGACGAUGAGGAUGAUGAGGAUGAAGACGAGGAAGAUGAGGAUUCUGAUGAUAGUCAAUCAGAAUCUGAUAGUAAUUCAGAAGGGUCUGAUACUGAAGGAUCUGAAGAUGAUGAGGAAGAAGAUGAUAAAGAACCCGAUGAAUCAGAGACUGAUACGGAAGGAGAGAAGUCUUCGAUUAAACUGAACAAAACAGCAUCCUCUGCCAAAAGCUCUUCCAUCAGUCUUGCAGCUUGCUCGACACCACUUAAUAUCCAAGCAGCAAAGACACAGAGUUCUACUCCAGCCGCAUUAUGCCCCGAGUCUCCCUCACCAGCUUUUGUGGGCACACCUUCUCCCGGGCUUUCCUCAAGUACCCACAGCGGUACUUCAAAAAGGCGCAGAGUCACAGAUGAGCGAGAACUGCGCAUUCCUCUGGAGUAUGGCUGGCAAAGAGAAACAAGAAUAAGGAACUUCGGUGGCCGCCUUCAAGGGGAAGUAGCAUAUUAUGCACCAUGUGGCAAGAAGCUAAGGCAGUACCCUGAAGUAGUAAAGUAUCUCAGCAGAAAUGGAAUAAUGGAUAUCUCAAGGGACAAUUUCAGCUUCAGUGCAAAAAUAGGAGUGGGUGACUUCUAUGAAGCCAGAGAUGGACCGCAGGGGAUGCAGUGGUGUUUGCUGAAAGAAGAGGAAGUCCUUCCUCGUAUCAGAGCUAUGGAAGGACGUAGAGGGCGGCCACCAAAUCCAGAGAGACAGCGCGCGAAAGAGGAAUCGAAAAUGAGGCGUCGCAAAGGUCGACCUCCAAAUGUUGGUAGCACUGAGUUUCUUGACAACACAGAUGCUAAGCUGUUAAGAAAGUUACAAGCCCAAGAAAUUGCUAGGCAAGCAGCACAAAUCAAGCUUUUGAGAAAACUUCAGAAGCAAGAACAGGCCCGAGCUGCCAAAGAAGCAAAAAAACAGCAAGCUAUUAUGGCUGCCGAAGAAAAAAGAAAGCAAAAAGAGCAGAUAAAAAUAAUGAAACAGCAGGAAAAGAUUAAGAGAAUUCAGCAAAUCAGAAUUGAAAAAGAACUUCGGGCUCAGCAAAUAUUAGAGGCAAAAAAGAAAAAGAAGGAAGAAGCAGCAAAUGCCAAAUUAUUGGAGGCCGAGAAACGAAUAAAGGAAAAGGAAAUGAGAAGACAGCAAGCUGUUCUUCUGAAGCAUCAGGAGUUGGAGAGGCAUAGACUAGAUAUGGAACGGGAAAGGAGAAGGCAGCAUAUGAUGCUUAUGAAAGCCAUGGAGGCACGCAAAAAAGCGGAAGAAAAGGAGCGGUUAAAACAAGAGAAACGUGAUGAAAAGAGAUUAAAUAAAGAGCGUAAACUGGAACAGCGAAGAUUGGAAUUAGAAAUGGCUAAGGAGCUAAAGAAGCCUAAUGAAGAUAUGUGCUUAGCAGACCAGAAGCCUUUGCCAGAGUUGCCUCGCAUCCCGGGCCUGGUUCUCUCCGGAAGUACUUUUUCAGACUGUCUCAUGGUGGUGCAGUUUUUACGCAACUUUGGUAAAGUCAUUGGCUUUGAUGUGAACCUGGAUGUCCCUAGCUUAAGUGUCCUUCAAGAGGGGUUGUUGAACAUAGGCGACAGCAUGGGAGAAGUGCAAGACUUGCUUGUGAGGCUGCUCUCAGCUGCGAUUUGCGAUCCAGGACUGAUAGCAGGAUACAAGGCCAAAACGAUCCUUGGGGACCAUUUGCUGAAUGUUGGCAUCAACAGAGACAACGUAUCUGAAAUUUUGCAGAUUUUCAUGGAAGGCCAUUGUGGGCAGACUGAACUCACAGAGAGCUUGAAAACCAAAGCUUUUCAGGCGCACACGCCGGCUCAGAAAGCCUCCGUACUUGCCUUCCUUGUUAAUGAGUUAGCAUGUAGCAAAAGUGUUAUAAGUGAAAUAGAUAAGAACAUAGAUUAUAUGUCAAAUUUAAGGAGAGAUAAGUGGAUGGUUGAAGGCAAACUUCGGAAGCUUAGAAUCAUUCAUGCCAAGAAAACAGGAAAGAGAGAUGUUACAGGAGGAAGUGAUUUGGGAGAAGAGCAGCAUUCAUUGGGUACACCCACGCCAGGCAGAAAACGGAGACGGAAGGGAGGAGACAGCGAUGAUGAUGAUGACGACGACGACUACAGUGAUGAUCAAGCCGAUGAAGAUGAUGAGGAUGAUGAAGACAAGGAUGACAAGAAAGGGAAGAAAGCAGAUCUUUGCGAAGAUGAGGAUGAUGGGGACCAGACAGCAAGUGUGGAGGAGCUAGAGAAACAGAUUGAGAAACUGACUAAGCAACAGAAUCAGUACAGAAGAAAGCUGUUUGAAGCAUCCCAUUCUUUACGUUCAAUGAUGUUCGGCCAGGAUCGUUACAGGCGUCGGUACUGGAUUUUACCCCAGUGCGGGGGGAUUUUUGUUGAAGGCAUGGAAAGUGGAGAAGGUCUGGAGGAAAUUGCAAAAGAAAAAGAGAAGCUGAAAAAGGCCAAAAGCAUUCACAUCAAAGAAGAAAUGUUUGAGACCUCAGAAGAAAAAUUAAGUUGCUUAACCACAAACCAGUGUAAUCAGAAAGAAGAUCUCAAAGAGAAGGACAGCACGAAUCUGUUCCUGCAAAAGCCUGGGUCUUUUUCAAAGUUGAGCAAGCUGUUGGAGGUAGCAAAAAUGCCUCCUGACUCAGAAGUUCUAGCCCAGAAAGCCAAUGGCAGUGCAGCAAAUGGGUGCUCAUUGCCUUAUCAAAAUAGCUCCAAAGCCUCACUCUGCAGCCACCAGGCCUCUGUAUCACAAAGCAGUGGUGAAAAGUCAGAUCAGAAUAAUCUCUUUAAUUCUGCUUCAGCUGGACCAGGGAAAUUUUACAGCUCCCCAUUAAUUUCAAACGACCAGUUGUUAAAGACUCUUACGGAAAAGAGCAGACAGUGGUUCAGCCUUCUGCCUAGAACUCCUUGUGACGACACAUCCGUUACCCACAUAGAGUCACCAGCUGCCACUUCUUCUUCUUCACUAACUCCUCAUUCGCAUCCUCCAUCCAAGUCACCCUCACCUGUCCCAUCUCCAAUUAUUGGUUCUGCCUCUUCCCCCAGUCCAAUGGGAUUAAGCCCAUUUGCAUUAUCGCCUCUUCAGCCCAUGAAGACAGGAUUGCCUGUAAUGGGACUUCAGUUCUGUGGAUGGCCAACUGGAGUGAUUACUUCAAAUCUUCAAUUUUCAUCCCCUUUGCCUAGUAUGGGGUCAGGAUUAGGGUUGUCAGAAGGCAAUGGCAAUUCAUUCUUGACACCUAGCAAAAGUGAGUCCCCCAUGCCACAAGCUGAGAAACAAGCUUCUGUACCUUCUGCUGUGGUUGAAGUAGCCAAACCAGUUGAUUACCCUACUCCAAAGCCCAUCCCAGAGGAAAUGCAGUUUGGCUGGUGGAGAAUUAUUGACCCAGAGGAUCUAAAAGCUUUGCUUAAAGUGUUGCAUCUCAGGGGAAUUAGAGAAAAGGCCUUACAGAAGCAAAUACAAAAACAUAUGGAUUAUAUUACUGUAGCCUGCCUCAAGAAUAAAGAUGCUGCAAUUAUUGAAGUAAAUGAAAAUGAUGAAAAUCAGGUAACACGGGAUAUUGUAGAAAACUGGUCCAUAGAAGAGCAAGCCAUGGAUAUGGAUAUAGCUAUUCUUCAGCAGGUGGAAGACUUAGAGAGAAGAGUGGCAUCAGCUAGUUUGCAAAUCAAGGGUUGGAUGUGCCCUGAUCCAGCAUCGGAAAGGGAAGACCUGGUAUAUUAUGAACAUAAAUCAAUUACUAAAUUACACAAGAAGCGUGAUGGUGAUUGUGCUGGUGGAGAAGAAGGCAGUAGCAGUACUCUAGAACGGAAGAGUGACAACCCUCUAGAUAUAGCUGUAACCAGACUUGCUGACUUGGAGCGGAACAUAGAGCGAAGGUAUCUGAAGAGCCCCUUAAGUACCACCAUUCAGAUCAAACUGGAUAAUGUGGGCACAGUUACUGUCCCUGCUCCUGCACCAUCCGUUAGUGGUGAUGGUGACGGAAUGGAAGAGGAUAUUGCUCCAGGGCUAAGGGUAUGGAGAAGGGCAUUGUCAGAAGCUCGCAGUGCUGCACAGGUAGCUCUGUGCAUUCAGCAGUUACAGAAAUCAAUAGCAUGGGAAAAAUCUAUUAUGAAAGUUUACUGCCAAAUAUGUCGAAAAGGAGAUAAUGAGGAGCUUCUUCUCCUUUGUGAUGGUUGUGACAAAGGCUGCCAUACCUACUGCCAUAGACCCAAGAUCAGUACUAUUCCAGAUGGUGACUGGUUUUGUCCCGCCUGCAUAGCAAAGGCAAGUGGUCAAACUUUAAAAGUGAAAAAAAAUCAGAUCAAAGGGAAAAAAAGCAACGAGCAUAAGAAAGGCAAGAAACUGCCAUUAGCAGCAGAAGUGGAAGAAGAGGACUCUGCAUCUACAAGCAGCUCUGUUAAACGAGGGAAAAUGGACUCUAAGAAGAGAAAGAUGGAUGAAAAUAUUUCUAUUAGCCCAACCAAACAGGAAAGUGUUUCUCCUGUGAAGAAAGCUAAACGUGACGAAUCUAAGGACAUGGCUAUAUGCAGUGUUCUGCUGUCUGAAUUGGAAACUCAUGAAGAUGCAUGGCCUUUCCUGCUUCCUGUAAACUUGAAACUUGUUCCCGGUUAUAGGAAAGUUAUAAAGAAACCCAUGGAUUUUUCCACCAUUCGAGAGAAGCUAAGUAAUGGACAGUAUCCUAAUCUUGAAGCCUUUGCUGUAGAUGUCAGGCUUGUGUUUGACAACUGUGAAACAUUUAAUGAAGAUGAUUCUGACAUAGGCCGGGCUGGCCACAACAUGAGGAAACAUUUUGAAAAAAAAUGGACAGAGAUUUUCAAAGUGAGCUGAAGUGAUCACAGUCCAAAAUGUUUUCUUUUAUUAAAUGAGGAUAAAUGAGACCAGCAAUGUGAACUGUAUUUACAUUAAAGUACAAGGCACAUGCAUAACUAAUGACUGUUUUAUUUUUCCUUAAAGUAUCACUGGGGAAUGGUACUAAUUCCUAAGGCUUCACUCCUACAGCAACCAUGGCCCUUGGUUUGUGUGUUUUAUCAAACUAUUUUAGGUAGAACAGGGAAGCACACCCAAAGAAUUUAAACAUAAGGGGUGUAAUAGUGCAAUAGCAAUUUAAAAUAUAUCAAAACGCACUGAAUAUUCAACCACCAGAGCUCUACUUGGGGGAAAAUGUUCUCUUUUCCCUUUCAAUAAAUAUCUAUUUUUCAUUUUUUUUUACUUUGUAGUUUAUUUUUUAGUAAAUGUAUUUAAUUUUAUGAAUUAUUUAUGAUUAAAUAGCAUCCAGACUCUUCGUUUUCUGUGAAAAGGAAGAAUUAGAAAAUAAAAUUGCUUUAAAUCUUGAAAAUACAACAAGGAAUGUUUUAAAAUAUAAAACAAAGCCAAGUAAAACUGUUUACACUGAUGUGCUGUAAAAGGCACGAAAAAUUAAACUUUACUGUAGAGUUACAAGUACAUUUAUAUAUAUAUGUUGCUGCAUCACUUGUGUAGUUAAAUUGUAUUUCAAGACAGUGAAGAAAAAUGAGACAUAUGUAUAUACUGUUCAUUAUUGUUUAUAUUAAGUCUUGUUUUAAAUAUGUAUGAUGUGUACAUAUUGUUUGCAGACAUUAUUGUUUAUGCCUUAGAAGGACUGUAGCAUUUUAUUUUAGUUUUAAGGUAAUUAUAGAUAUAUGGCUUGUACAGUAAUUAUCCUCUACCAACACUGUGGAGUCUCCUUAAUCUUUGUAGUGCCUGCCUUUAAAACAGGGUGUAGGGGAUAUUAGUUUUCCAUUUUUCUAUUUUGUUAUAUAAUUUCAAGCCACCAGGGCCUCAGAUUCAAGUAUAAUCAUUUGUAUCCAUGUGGAAUAAAAUUGUGACAAUUUCCUACGCACACAGUAUUUUUUCAUAAAAACAUUUCCCUCCAUUUGCCUUGCCACAGAAAUAACAAAAAGACAUUUGUAACCACUGUGUUUUAUCUACUGUGUGUUGUGGUGGCCUGUUGGAGGCAAAUAGAUCAGAAUUUUUUUUGUACCUAUGUAAGAGUACUUGAAGUUUCAUUUAAAACAAAACGUUGUGGAAAAGGUAGCAUUCUCUUUUUUUUAGGAGUGUUAUUUUUCACUAGUAUGUGUGGCACGGAUACAAUAAAAGACUGUUUUGCAAACCA